CUGCCCUCCUCCACUGGGGAAGUCUGUAUGUGAGGAAGGAUUUGUUAUGUGCUGAUGGUGCCAGGACCUGGGGAGCUAGUCCCAAACUGAUGCACUCCGAGGCUUCAGCUGCUGUUGCUGUGAGACCAGAAACUGCUUUUACACCUUCACAAUUCCUGCUUGCACAUGUCAGAGAGGGCAGGCCAGGAGCCUCGCGUCUCUUUGGUUUGCAGUGGCAGAUGGCGUUGCAGAAGGGCUUGGCAGAAGGUGGCACCUCUUCCUCUACUGCCAACAACAACCAGGUGCUUCUGGCUAUCCCUCAAAGAGCUUUUGAGUGCCCAAUCUGCCUGGACACCAUUGAGGAGGAAACCUCUGUGAGCUGGUGUAGACACACUUUCUGCUUUCCUUGCAUACUGGAAUGGUCCCGCAUCAGACCUGUUUGCCCGAUCUGCCAGGAGCACUUCCAAUACUUCUUCCGCAAGGUGGGAGAUAAUAACUAUGAGGUGUACUACACCAGCUCCACCAGAUGUAAUCGAGGAAGAAGAGAUCGUCACCACUCUGCAGAAAGGAGGCGGCAUCCUUCCGCAGGCCACCGGCACCACAGAUCUUCCAGCGGAGAGCGCGGCAGUAGCCGUGCCAGAGACUGGGAAAGGGACCGAAGCAGGUCCCGGAGGAGGAACUAUGAUGGUCACAGCAGGGCUCAGCAGGCCCAGAGUUAUGACCUCUCAAGCAGCAGGAGAAGGCAGCACAGCAGGGCUCAGGACACGGCUUCUGAACCGUCUCGAGAUUGGGACCAAGCUGCAGGGCACGAAUGGAGUGCCCAAGUCCGCUUGGGGAGGAGUGAGCACCGUCAGUGGGCACAAUGGGAUUCCUCCAGGGAAUCACAGGCAACAAGCAGACGACUUCAGAGGAGGUCCCACAGUGCUUGGCGACAAACACAAAGAGAAGAGCAAAGAAGAAGGGAUCACAAUGAGAGACACCCUGCAAGUCCUGAAUAGGAUGCCCCUGACUUCACUGGGAGGAGUUGAGUACCGUCAGCCGGCACAACGGAUUUCCUCCAGGGAACCCCAGGCAACAAGGAGUUGAUCUUGUAGAUCCCAGCGCACAUCCCACAGCCCUGAGCGGCACAGGGGCAGGUAGAAAUUGUACCAAGAAGGGUACUACUGCUAUGUAGUAUGUCCUUCUACUUGUGCCACAAAUUAUACCACUUUAAACCAAAGUUUGGCCUACUAACAAUUUCGAAAAUAAAGUCAAAUUCAACCAUCGCGCUUGGACCAUAAAAUACCUUCUCCAUCA